AUGACUGGUCAGGCAGUGAAUCUGCAGCUGAAGAGGUUGGUGAUGAGGGCCCAGAUCUGGUCCUGGUCAGCUGAUGGGAGGGCUGCUCGCUGGUGCAUAAAUAGCCCCUCGAUCACUCCCCCUCUUCCUCUUUCUUUCUUUCCUCUUCAACCCUCUUUCGACCUUCGACCUUCGACCUUCGACCUUCGGUAUACCUUUGGACCUUCGACAUACUUUCAACAUACGACUUGGACAUAUGGCUUGGGUAUAGAUAUGGGUUUCGACAUGGACUUCGACAUGGACUUCGACAUGGAUUUCGACAUGGAUUUCGACAUGGACUUCGAUAUGGACGGUACUUGGCUAUGGGCUUCGACAUGGUGCAUUGUUCGACAUGGAACUUAG